AUGGCUUGCACCUUCGGCGGCUGGCUCGAGUUUGUCUGGGCGCGCUGGGACGAGCCGUACGAGAGCAUCUCGCCGCUGGUGCGCGGGUCGCCCAUCACGCUCUAUCAAGUUGUCGACUCAGGCACGCGCAGUCCCUCGUACGUGACGCCGGACGCAAUGCGCAAUAUGACCUGCGGCGAGUGCUGCCGCCGCCGCUUCAUGCCCAACCGUGGACGCGAGGCGCCGUCGUACUUGCGAUAUAUUGCCGAGCGCUACGACACGCUGCCGCAGUGGGUCAUCUUCCUCCAAGGCAAGCCGCACGGCGACCCUUCCCUGCUGAACCGCGUGUCGGAUUGCCUGUGGCGCGAGGAGCCUCGAGAAUGGACUGUGGACGCCGCCGCCGACUUCCUGCCGAUCGUGCCGACCAUCUACGUCACAGACCGUUCCCUGCACUACGAAGACUGGCAGCCGGGAUACACGGAGCUCUGGAACCAGUGGGGCACCGGCUUCCCGUUUGAGGAGACGCCGCACCUGCCGAGGUCGCCAAAGGGCAUCAGGACCGUGUCGUUCGAUUGUUGCGCGCAGUUCCUCGCGUCGCGCCGCGCACUGCGCAGGAACCCACGGCAGCUGUACGAGGUGGGCAGCGAGGUGGCCCUCACCUUUGACGGCGCCAGCGCAGAGAAGGCGACUCAGCUCGACAAGCGGGCCAACUUUGGCCUCAACUGGGCGGGCUCCGCCUUUGAGCACAUCUGGCACGUACUGCUCGGGCAGCCGGCUCGUAUGGAGAAGCACUGCAACCCUUGCAGUCGCGGUGGCGCCAACCGCCACGGCAUGAGCGCGUCCAACGCGAGCGGGCCAUUCCACUGCUGCGUGACGACGCGGGAGAACUUGCUCUCGCCAACCGCGCUCCCGUCCCCCGCGCUACGAGCCAAAGCUCUGUCGGUCGGCGCAGAGAUCGCUCAAGAGCUAUCGGUCGAGGCGAUCGCAGUCCAUGCGAGCGACGCGGCGAUCGACGACCUCCUGGCCGACAACGAGAUCCGGGCCGUCACGGCCAACUGCAUUGUGAAACCCGCCGACGCCCAAGCCCCCAGUGCCGCCUGCGAAUGA